AUGACCGUUACUUUCAACGCGAUAUGCAGUCUACUGCAGAGCACUGAGAUCAUUACUACCCUUCGUCCACGACUGCCACAAAAAGAAGAGAAUGAAAGUAUUCGGCAGAUCAUAUCGAAUUGGUCGAAGAACCACAGACGCGCCCUGGAUGACCCCAAAACCAAUGGAGGCGCUAUCCUUUCUGCCCUGUUCCCUCAUCACAGGAAGGAUCGAGUGUACGGCCUUCGGGCGCCUCUUUUAGCGAAGAAGCUUGCUAAGCUUCUUAACUUGAAUCAUGGUCAGAAGGCUUCGUUCGACCGCUGGAAGUCCGGAAAGCAUGGAGAUCUAGGCGUGUAUACCGAACGAGCGAUGAAGCCAUGGGAUGGCACUUUCUCGUCCAAGCACCCAGUCUCCGUAGAGCGGGUCGACAGGCUCCUUACGCAAUUCGCGGCCAGAUACAGGUUCUCCGACGCGGCCAUCCGAUCGCAACGAGAUUGGCACUUGAAUACGGACGAAGAGCUGAAAGCUAUCCUUGUGCGACUGGAGUCGUGGGAGGCCAAGUGGCUGGUACGCCUCGUCUUACGGGACUACUGUACAGUUGCGCUAGACGAGAACUACGUGUUUGGGCACUGCCACUUUCUCUUGCCGCAUCUACUAAUGUUUCAGAACGACUUUGACGCAGUUUUCAGCAUGCUCCGAGGGGAGCUGAGCUGUUAUCCUGCGGUUCCUGGAAACCUGGAAGAGAGGUCAAUGCGGCUGGAGGCAGCGCACAAGCUAAGACCAGUGGUUGGUAUCAAAGUUGGACGGCCCACCUUUAAGAAAGUGUGGUCAUUUAAGCACUGUUUUCAGAUGGUUGGUAAUCACGCUUGGGCUGCUGAGAACAAGUACGAUGGAGAGUACUGUGAAAUCCACAUCGACUUGACGGAUGCAUCGCAAAACAUCAAGAUCUUCUCCAAAAACGGCAAAGACGCAACAUUAGACCGUCAAGCACUACAUGCUACCAUUCGCGAAGCUUUGCGCAUCGGUCGGCCAGACUGUGCCUUCGAGUCCAAAUGUAUUGUUUUGGGUGAGAUGGUGCUCUACAGCGACAGAGAGAAGAAGAUCAUGCCAUUUUCCAAGAUACGUAAGCACAUAUCGCGGUCUGGGUCCUUCAUUGGGACAUUGCAGGAUUCAUUGCCCCACGAGUGGGAACAUCUCAUGAUUGUCUUCUUCGAUGUUCUGGUAUUGGACGAGGAGCCCGUCCUACGUCAUUGCCUUCAACAACGCCGCAAUUUACUCAGGGAUCUGAUUCGAGUCAAGCCAGGUCGUUCGAUGCGCUCGGAGUGGUCUUUGCUCGAUUUUAAGACAGAGGAUGGCAUCACAGACCUCAAGGAGAUAUUUGCACAGAACCUCGCCAGCCGCCAAGAAGGUCUUGUAUUGAAACCACUCCAUGCGCCUUACUUCCCGCUGUUGUAUGGACGGGGAUCUUGCCAACCAGGUUACUUCAUCAAGCUGAAGAAGGACUACUUGGGCGAUAUGGGUGGGGAACGUGAUCUAGGCGAUUUUGCCGUCAUCGGUGCAAGCUUUGAUGCGCAGGUUGCUGCAAAGUCAGACGUGAAACCCUUGCACUGGACGCAUUUCCAUCUUGGAUGUUGCACAAACAAAGCCGCCGUACAACGAAUCGGAGCUGAGCCUAUCUUCAAGCUCGUUGCAACCGUUGGUCUAGACCAGUGCAUACCGAAGCCUGAUCUUAAGUACCUUAACAUACACGGCUACGUGCGACAAGCGAAUCUGCAUGAGGAUGGUCAGACAGAUAACUUCGGCAUCGAAUACUCCAAAGGGUACGACCGCCGGAUGACGGCCGCAUUCAGAGUACCCUUUGUUGCGGAGAUCCUAGGAGGCGGGUUCGAGAAGCUGCAGAAUGAGACGUUCGAGAUGUUGCGUCAUCCUCGAGUCAAGAAAUUACACAAUGAUCGGACUUGGGAAGACUGUGUGACUCUCGAGGAACUCGAGACAAUGGCUGAACAGAAGUGGGACGUACCAGAUGCGGGCAAACUCAAUAGCCAUGCCAAGGAUGUUGCGGUACUGGCCGCAAAGUUCGUGAGAGAAUCUCAAUCCACCUCAUCAACAUACAGAACGACGCAGGACCCAGUGCAAACGACGCCGCGCAAACCAAAAGCCUCAUCGAAUCCAACGCCUUCCGAUGCAGUGGUUCAAGAAACACAGCAGCCCAUAUUCGACCCCCACACAACCGCGUCGUCGAGCUCGCACUAUUGCGGUAGCACGCAAGCCCCUGGUACUCGAGCCUCGUGCCAAGUAUGCAUACUUUUCCGUGAAGAUACCGUGGAGUGCCUCGCUCUUGCUACACCGCUCAAGGCUCCGCCUCCUACGCCAGUGGUCGAAUCACCAAAUCAGCUCACUCCGACAUCGACGGCCCCAUUACUGACAUCGCACCGCUGCGCAAAAAGUUCGUUGCUGCUACCUCCAUCGACCGCACCGGAACCAAUGAGCAAGAAGCGCGACUACAUCCAAGUCACAGACUUCGUGAGCCCUCCCGCAUUGCGCAAGCGUGUCAAAGGUAGUACGCCCCUCGGAGAUUAUGGUGCCAAUGGGGCCCGGAACUUGGGACUGUUUGGUUUUGAUUCGCAAGAGAAAACUCUUCAUAUAUACGCAAGAGAAGGCCUGAAGGUCCACGUACAUACAGGAUAUGAUACAAGUCAGACCAAAUCAGGGAAUGAGUAG